GCCGGGGGCGCUGCUCCGGCCCCGGGACCCGCCGGGAGCCGCCGGGCUCGUCCCUCACAGCGCCGGCCCGGAGCGCCGGGCAGGGGCGGGGGGCUUACCCGCCGCCUGCCCCCGGGGCGGGGCUCCGCUGCCUCCGCCCCUCACCGACUCCCCGGUCCCACGGCAGCCGCUCGCACCGGGGCCGCGGCCUGGCCCCGCUCCGCCACGCCCGGUGCCCGCCCCGCGCGCCGGACACUGCCGGGGCCGCGGCUUCUCCCGGCUCCCGCUGCCCCGCGAUGCCAUCCAACAAAUCAGUGUCGGAUGCGCCCAUCGUCCAGUUCACCAACUGCCGCAUCCUGAGGGACCACUGGCUCCAGAGGGAGGACCUGUGGGUGCGAGAGGGGAAGAUCCUCAACCCGGAGAAACUCUUCUUUGAUGAGAAGGGCUCUGCUGACGUGCAGCUGGACUGCAAGGGCAGCAUCAUCGCCCCAGGCUUCAUCGACGUCCAGAUCAAUGGAGGCUUCGGGGUGGACUUCUCCCUGGCUACGGAUGACUUCAAAUCAGGGAUUGACCUGGUCAGUCAGAAAAUCCUCUCCCAUGGAGUGACCUCCUUCUGUCCCACCCUGGUGACUUCUCCUCCAUCUGUGUACCACCAGGUUCUCCCUCAGAUCAGCGUAAGAAAUGGUGGAGGCCACGGAGCAGGUAUCCUGGGGGCCCAUCUGGAAGGGCCGUUCAUCAGCAGGGAGAAGAAAGGGGCCCACCCGGAGCACUGCCUGCGCACCUUCGAGGCAGGUGCCUUCCAGGACCUGCUGAACACCUACGGCUCCCUGGACUGUGUCCGGAUAGUCACCCUGGCCCCUGAGAUGAAGAGGAGCAGUGAGGUGAUCCGGGAGCUCACCAAGAGGGGUGUCUGCGUCUCUCUGGGUCACUCGGUGGCCAAUCUGUCCCAGGCCGAGGAGGCUGUGCAGCACGGCGCGACCUUCAUCACGCACCUCUUCAACGCCAUGCUGCCGUUCCACCACCGUGACCCUGGAAUCGUGGGGCUGCUGACCAGUGACAAGAUUCCUGCUGGGCGGAGGGUCUUCUACGGGAUGAUCUCUGAUGGCAUCCACACCAACCCUGCCGCCCUGCGGAUCGCCCACCGAGCCCACCCCAAAGGCCUGGUGCUGGUGACAGAUGCGAUUGCUGGCAUGGGGCUGGCACCGGGGCGGCACACGCUGGGGCAGCAGGUGGUGGAGAUUGAUGGGCUGAACACCUACAUCGCAGGCACAAAGACCCUGAGUGGUAGCGUGGCGACCAUGGAUACGUGUGUGCGACACUUCCAAGAGGCCACAGGAUGCUCCGUAGAGACGGCGUUGGAGGCAGCAUCUCUGCAUCCUGCCCAGCUCCUGGGGAUUGAACACAACAAGGGGACACUGAAUUAUGACUCCGAUGCAGAUUUCCUGAUGCUGAACGACAGCCUGUAUGUGCAAGCCACGUACAUCGCCGGCCAGGAGGUCUGGAGACAGGAUGCGUCAGGCAUGUGACACUGGGCUGUCCCAGUGCCCUCCGAGGCUCCCUGGCACUGUGGUUAGCAGCUCUGGUAACCACCCCACUCCUCCCUCUUUUUUUUUUUAAUCCCAAUUCCUUCCUGCAACUCCCUUAAAGGAGCCUCAUACCAAAGAGCUGCGUUUUCCAGCUUCCAGUUACAGCCAUGCCUGCCACGAAUUUGUUGGUGCUCAGUUGGUGGCAUGGGGAAAGCAGGCAGCUCUGUGCUGGCAGGGAAUUCCACUCCUGGAGUGGCCUGAGGGACUGCACAGCUGUCCUGCCCCUAGACAGGUGCUCCUGUCACCAUCUGACAGCAGUGAGGAGCUGUUCCAGCCUUUGCACUGUUUAUACAGCACACACUAACCUGCCCCAUGCCCAAGGCAGGCUCAAGCCAUUCCCAUUCCUCUGCCUGCUCUUUGCCUUGCUCCUGGGCAGCCAUGGCUUGUUAGACAUCAUCUUCCACCAGCUCAGCUCGCAGCUCUUCCCAUGACAAGCUUCCUGUUGUGUCAGCAGAAGCUGAGGAUCACAUUUGGGUCUCCCGACAGCCCUUCUAUGGUGUGUCCUCAGAGCAGGGCUGUCACAGCUCACCGACUCGGUGCUGUUGUGGGACUGAAUCCUCAGGGCAGAGAUCAAAACCAGGAAAACCAAGGCAUUGCUGGUCCUUUGUGCCUUUUCCCUGUAUGGGCAUUGAGUCCACAGCGCUGGAGACAUGGACAGUAUCCUGCCUCAGAAAGCAAUGCUCCUUUCACCCCUGGCUCUGGCUGGAUGGGUCCUGCAGGCUCUGUGCCAGCCAUAUGAAGUAGGGCCUUUGCAUCCCCUGAUGGGUCUGUGCAUUCCUCAGGCCAUGGACUGGAAGCUUUUGCUUUAGGGGAUGCAUCCAAACUGGUGGUCAUGGGCUCACGAGCCCCCAGUCCAGCUCAGGAACUGAGGGAGAGGAGGACUGCAGUGGGAUUCUGGCCUUUCAAGACAGUUGUGAUAGCUCAUUAUUCAGUGCUCAUUACUACCUUCUCCAAUACUUGACUGUCAGCUCUUUUCCUGACACUUGGACACUUGCAUGUGAGGACUGAUGCUGAUUUUGAACCUACUAUGGGCAGAAUAAGCCUUGAGAUAAGUCUUAGACAACCUCUGACAAGGCUCAAACCAAUGAGAUGGUUUUUGUGGUGAGGAGAGGACUUAGACAAUAGCUAAGUCUCUGCAAGGAUGGAGGUUGUACGGCAGAUAGGAGUCUGGUCAGGAUUGGCAGAAGUGUGCUGAUUUUUCCAGUACCGUUUUAUAACCUUUAACAGCAACAUUUGGAAGUGCUUUCCCAGCAUUUUAGAGCCCUGCUGGAAUCACUGGCAGCCUUGGAGAAUUUCUAACAUCAGCUGCCAAUGUCAGCAGAAAUUAUAAUGUCCACAGUUUGAAGCAUUUGAGAGAGACAUCACACCCUCUGCUGUGACACGCGCAGGCUGCCGCGGCACCGGCCUCAGUGGGGAUCUUCUAGCGGCUGUUGAAAACAAUCCGAGGGGAAAAAAAUGUAUAUGAAACAAGGUGUCUAACUUUUUAUUUACAAAAUUAAAUAAUCAAAAGGAAAUCUAAAAUAGAGACGGGAUUAGACAGCA